CCGAUGUGCAAUUGAAGGAGAUUGGAGAACACAGUUUAUCAAAGCAGAAAAAGCACUCGAAGCAGGGGACCCUUGUUCCACUCACUGCUGUUGGUCCUAGAUUUGGAAUUAAAGGAAGAGAUCAAAUUAGCACAAAGAGAAGUAAAGAUUGCGGUGGCCUCCCCCACACCACCCACCUCAACAUGUAGACGCAGCACCAAGAGGAGUUAAAAAGGUAACAACCUAUCUGAGAACAAGGACCAGUCGAAGGAGAAGAGAGUGAUGAAUACAAUGCAUGAGAGAGGUUUAAGUUCCAACUUCCAUGACUUGCUGCUCUGAUUCCUAAUCAUCCUUCUCCCCUCGCAGGAGACACCCAUCAUUGUCCUCCUUCCACUUUCAUCUCAUUAAAUCUCCUCUCCUCCCAAGGCUUACCUCAACCCAUCAAUCCUCACCUUCUCCCACAUACGUCUCUCUUCUCGUAAUCCCAUGAGGCCUUCUCCUUACUCUGUCAAGGGCUUCUUCUCUUUGCUCUCUGCUGGUCUAGAUGAGCUCGACCUUUCGUCGAACACCUUCAUGUCGAUCCAGUUCUUGCAGCGCGCCAUCGCGCUCCUCCGCUCCCUUCAUUCGCAUCUCAUCGAUCUGGUGAAGAAGCUCCACCUGCCCGCCGGUGAGCGGUGGCUGGACGAGUAUAUGGAUGAAAGCUCCCGCCUUUGGGACGUCUGCCAUGUCAUCAAGCUUGGCGUCUCAGGAAUGGAGAGUUACAACUCCCGUGGGGCUGAUUUGGUAUCCUCCCUCGAAGACUGGAGCCGGAACCCCAAUCCGGAUCUCGCUCUCCAGGCGCUGCGAGCGAUCUCAGUUUGCCGGAGAGAAGCAAUGAGGCUGGAGGAGGAGAACAGGGUGUUGGCGGAGACCAAAUUGGAGCCGGACUCGCUUCGACUGGACGACGAGAGGGCCUUCUCCGAGUCCAGGUUCAACGGAUUCAACGGCUUCAUAGGAGUACUAUACGCGCUGAGGAACGUGAGCUCGUUCCUUCUCCUAAUCCUGAUAUGGGGAUCCGUCUACUGCUCCCCCGAACAGGGAAACUUCGACGGCUCUGCCUUCCACGCCGGAGGUUACGCCACUCCGAUGGCGAGGCUGCAACAGAAGCUGCUGGGGGAGGUGGAGGAGCUCGGCGGCGGUCCGGGAACGCUGAUGCACGAGUUCCGGGCGGCGCAGGCGGCGACGGAGGAACUUAAGGAGCAGCUGGAGAAGGCCGAGUCCGAACCAGAUGUCGUCGCUGCAGGGAGGCUGAAGGAGAAGGUGGAGCGACUAAAAGACUGGUUUUUGACAUUAAGAAUUGGAACUGAAAACCUCGUCGGCGAGCUUGAUGACUUGUUCGAUGAGAUUGUGGAGGGAAGGAAAAAGCUUUUGGACAUUUGCAGCCACCAAUGAGUUCAAAUGCAGCCUCUUUUAGCUUUGUUUUGCUAUUUAGCAUCCCCAAAACUGUGAGAAUAGAAUGUGAAUUCUCUGAUAAAAAAGA